AUGGUCCUGGCCCUUCAACUCGCUCAUUGGAAUCGUGCAGGCGUCGUAGUUUUCAGUGAAAUAUACCAAGUAACAGGUCCUGUCGAGCGUUUUGCUGGGCAGAUUGCUAGCCAGGGCUACGUUCAUGCCCUUCCGUCUACCACGAAUUUGAAGGCCCAGAGCCCAUACCUUACGAUACUGAAGGUGAACUGCUCUUUACAUUGGUCCACAUUAUCAUCCAGGCUUAAUGCACCACCGGAAACAGGAACAGAUCGAGGCAAUCGCUACAAGAUUGAAAAGACUGUCGAUGCAUACGAUGAGGUACUACAUGUCCCCUGCGAUGCCACUCUUGCCAUCGAUCUCUUGUCCGCCCAUAAGAACUGCAAUGGGAGAAUUGCAGCGACGGGGAUGUGCCUUGGUGGCCACCUUGCUGCCUUUGACCCGCGCGUCCUCGCUUCCGUCUGCUGGUUUGCCACCGAUAUCCACAGUGCAACCCUUGGGAAAGGGAAACAGGACGAUACCCUGAUCCGAGUCAAACGAGGGGACCUGACCGGGAAAGGUGAAUUAGUAAUGAUCUUUGGCAAGCAGGAUACCCACGUUCCUCGAGAGGGACGAGACCUGAUCAGACGCUCGCUGGAAGAUGCGAACGUGACCUCAUCAUUCAUCGAAGUUCAGGCGCAACAUGCCUUUAUCCGGGACGAAUCCUCAAAAGGUCGAUGGGAUGCCGCUCUAACCCGCUCCUUGUUCACCUUCAUGAUGGAAGUCUUUGACAGGACAGUGGCAAGAGACCUUGGGCCUCGAGACCAUCGCACUCAAGCCCCCGAGCAUAGCCGCCAAUAA